CGUAUUUAGCGCGUGGAAAUUGGUUUAUUCACCCUUGCUUUUCUUUUACUUAAUGCUGUGGCGUUUUUUGCCAGGACAGUCUCACACAUGUUGCAGGACAUUUCCAACAGCUCGAACAUGGUUCCUUUUGAAACAAUUUUUUUCACCACCGGAUGUCUCUGGAAGGCGUGAAGUGAAUUGUGAUUGUGAUUGGACUGGUGAGACCUGGGUGAUGCCCAGUUCUUGGCUAUAGAUCGGGCAGCCCCAAUUCUGUUCGGUGGGUGGAGGAAAAACUUUGAUGUGGAAACCAUCAAAGGCCAAGACAAGGAACUUCUCCGACCUGCGUUUGUGUGAAAUGGUUUGCGCAUGCCACUGGGGCUUGAUUGGUGCACAUUCGCCCAGAGCAAUGUUUUCAGGCAUUUUGAAUUUUCAGGCAAACUUUCGAGGACAAGUCUUGAUGGUUAGCCAUGGCAAAGCGUUCCAAGCUUGGAAACCUGGACCUUUUGCAGUUGCAACCCUCGUAAAUAUUGCCUUGGUUCUUGCAUUCAAUCCUGCCCAACCUACCAACGAAGAGCAACCUGAUGAACACAUUCAGUGUGCUUGGUUGGACACGUUAGCAUUCUACGUGCAGAUGGCUGCAAGCUUGGGAGCGGCUUGUGCUGCUGCCUUUCUGUUCAAAAGAGCUGGAGCUUCGCAGCAUGCUAUGUCAGCUGUGGGCUAUGCGCUCCUGAAUUGGUUGCAGUCCGUGUUGAUGACGCUCAUGGUAGCAGCCAAACCUUGGGGCUGCCGUUAUGGCUUGUUGCCGACCAAGCAAGAUCUUCCUGGAAAAUGCCAUAAUGAUCAAUGCAUCAUCCUUUUUACACUUGGGAAGGUGCGUUGGGAUUUCUUGAGUCCAUUGAACAUGAUCUUCUGGAUGCGUCUGCUAGCCUAUUUGGCAGCACUUAUUUGGAUGCAAUGGCUUCUCCAGAGACGGAUUCAUGCAUUAGAGAAGUCUUCCGGGUGUCAAUAUGGGGGUCAGUGGGUUUUGCGCCUUUUGCAAUUGCAAGCGCUCUGCAUUUUCUUUGGCAUUAUGAUUCUUGGCCCUGGGAUCGCCUUGCUCCUCAUGCCACCCACAGAGGUUGUUUUUGUGAUGCUCAGCAUCGCACUCGUUUUGGGGCUUGUUGGAGCGGCUGGCUUCAUGGUGGCAAACCUGCUUUCAUCUGCCAUAGCCAUUUGGGCUCUUGUCCGAUUGGUGCGUGACUUGAACCAGGCACGCAUGCUGCAAAACACACCUUGCGACGUGAAGGAACGCUUGGAAGAGGUCUGGCGAAGCAACCGACGGCAGACUAUCGCAGUGGCCUUUAGUUUGUUUCUCUCAGUGGGUUUGUCACCAGCAGUGUUGUGGCAGCUGCAUGUCACCUUCAGUUCAAAUAUGAAAGAUGUCGAGUAUCCGGCGGAGCACUUGACCUCAGUCCUGGUCGGCGUCUCAGUCCAGGUCCUGGAUGUCCUAGGCAAUGCACUGGCUGUCAUCUUGCUUUCAGGCACUCACCGUGUGAUAGAAUCUGACAGCAUGUGCAACUGCCCCACAAGUAGCUGUUGCUUCAAGCGACAGGGUGAAUGGGAUAGGGCCUGGAAGGAGAAGGUGGAGGAAUUGUCAAUGCGGGGCAUAACACUAAAUAGCUUGCUGAAGUUCUAUGAAGAGGAUCUUCUCCUCUUUGACGGAUGGCAAUACGCGCCAGGAAAACACAGGACACGAGACGUGGUCCGUCGGGUCAUCAUUCCUGUUACUGCCGGAGAGCUGGAGCCCUGUUCUUAUGCAACCUCUAGCUACAACCGGGACAAAGCGCAAAGAGCACAGAUCAUGGUGACGCACAACUGGGACAAUCUCUUCAAGGACCUUCUGGCAGCAAUCGUGGCCAAUGCACUGCAAGAGUGCAGUUUCCAGGUAGCAACCAGGAUGUUGAUGGAAGACGUGCCGCUCCUUCGUAACAUUUUGGAGAAGAAUGGCCGCUUGAGGGAUGUCUAUUGGGUGUGUGCGUUCUCCGUAAAUCAACAUGUUUCGAUUUGUCAUACAAAUAAGUGGGACAAGGAUCCCAUCUCGAAGUGGUUGCAUCCAACUUGCAAUUGCUCGUGCUCCAACAUUGAAGACCCAGAUGGGCAACAUCCGGAGUCUGAAAUGAACAAGUUUGAUGAUAUGAUGAGGCACCUGGCAAGCACACCAGGAGGCUGUAAGCACUUGAUUGCGGUGGAUCGAUCUAUGAAUCUUUUUAAGCGAGCGUGGUGCAUUGCGGAGAUUGCUGAAGCAAAGCGGCUCGGCAUGCGCCAGAGCCUCAAGCUUGUGUCCAAGGAGAUAUUGCUACAACGCCAACCGAGUCUUGAGAAUCUGGAUAUUUCACAAAUGCAUUGUCACAACAAAAAUGACCUCACUAUCAUACUGAAAAAGAUCACAGACUACGUCACCAUCACCCGCUUCAAUGAGCAAUUGCAGUCCCUGAUCUUUGACUCGAGAACAGGCCUCUUGAAGUCCUGGGAGCGCUCCGACAAUUUUGAGCGUAUGGGCGAGGCUGGCCGCCUCUUGCGCUGGAGCUUGGCAGAUCACGGAACUGGCCAGGUCUGGAGGUUUUGGACCAUAGAGAACUCAGAGGCACUUUUGCUCAAACAGAGGUGUUUUGGUGUGUUCCACAUGCUCUCAUUUGCGUGUGAGUAAUCUCUUGACAAACAUGAUGAACAUGAUUCAGUCACGAGUCUUUUGAUUCUAUUCUUAUCUUAUUCCAAAAUGACGUCACAAAGACUCGCCAGCUAGUGGUGUGGUGAACUCUCUGUGUGUUGAUGCCAACUGGUGGCACCUGGGAAGCAUGUCCAGACGUGCCCUAGGCAGCCCUAAGGAUCAAGAGGGUCCAAGGAGGGCCCAACAAACCAGUAACCAUGAAUCACUGCUCAGCACAAACCCUUUCAGCGUGAACACUGAGAGUCUGAGAGUUACAAGCCGCAUCCAAUUUUGGAUGAGCAGGUUCGCCAUUGCCGCUGGGUAUAUCCAUAUAAGUUGAGCUCCCAGAUGCAUCUGCACAGACCAGAAAAAACCAUGUGCAACUCACCAAAAAAGUCAUACAACCCUGAACUGAUCACUCAAAGUAACAAAACAGGCUGCAUGAUUAUAAUGUUCGGACAGCAAAACAUAAUUCGCACGGCUCUCAAAACACAAUCAAUAGCUGCAAAAGUUGAUCAAUCUAUACAUUUUUCUUGUCUACUUAAUCUUUCCCGGAGAUUUCCUAUACCUUGCCCUUCAUCCAAACAUAUACUGCAGUGCCCCUAGGGCCAUGUUGUGGGUGGUUCUGGGAAAGACUGGGCUGGCUUCGACCAAUCCUACUUCAGCACACCCUUACCCGCUAGCACCAACCCCCCAUUUCUCUAUCAAGACUGUGCAGUGGAAUGAAAGUAGAACCUAGCAGUUGAAUGAAAGUAGAACCUAGCCCUUUUCCAGUCAACAUCAGGCUCGGCUAGAGCACCGGAAGUAGAACAAGAAAAGCGCAUUCCCGCAGUAAUUCCGGUGAUUAUCCUGGCACCAUAGUGUUGUUUCCAGUCUAGAGCUGACACAGCUAGAACACCGGAGAGAGCUGGAAAAGAAUGCAUUCUGUCGCUAAAUCCGGUGUUCUCGUGGCACUAUGUUCCUCUAGCUCCUUCCCGAAAUCUGCCCUAUUUGUGUCGGAUUUCCCUUAUUUGGACACCGUCUUCAGUGGAUGACGAUGGUAAGAUUUCAGGCCGACAGGAACAAGAAGCUACUAGGAGCUCCUGGCAUAGCUACUAGGCGCACGAACGUUACUAGGGGCUCCUGGCCGUACUACUAGGAACAAGGACGCUACUAGGGGCUCCUGGCCUUACUACUAAGAACAAGAAGCUACUAGUAACAAAGGGCAUCGCUACUAGGAGCAAGGAGGAGGAUGCUAUUAGGUUGGAGGCCAUCGCUAGCUCCCUUCAUCUCUCUUCUGCUCUCUUGGGUUCCAACACGACCUAGGUCCGCUUCUCUCGGGCAUCUCGGGCAUCUUCCGUGACCAUUUCCCUUUGAUUGUAGAACAAGGGCGCAGAAGUCGCCAAGUUGUUGCAUUGAUGUUUUUGUCCAAAAGGAACUGUUCAAUUCAUUUUUGAUCCCAUUUGAGUUGUAAUGUCUGCGAGA